AUGGCGUUCUCUCCCGUGGCCGUAGACUCGGAGGUGUCGCCGGAGCCGGGCGGCAGUGGGAACCCCGGCCAGGAGGUGGAUGGAGAGCUGGAGUUGUUACCACGGCUAGGCGAGAGGCCGGUGCCCGGGCACCGCCUGAAGGAAGUGGUGGGUGCGUCUUUGGCGUCUCUGUGCCUCGGUCCCCUCGCAGGACCGCAGCGCCUCGGGACCCUCGUGGAUUGCCUGGUGCUGAACUACCGCCUGCGGCUGGGGCUGAGCUGGAGUCGGGACCGCGGGGCCGCGGAUGCGGGGCCACUGCGCUGCUGCGGCUGCGGCAGGUUCCUGUGCGAGCCGGUGACCGUCCCGUGCGGGCACACCUACUGCCGUCGCUGUCUCCGGAGGGAGCUGCGGGCCCGCUGCCGCCGCUGCCGGGACUGGCUGUUGCCGGCGGGGGGCACCAGCACGGCCGCUGCCCCACUGCGGACCAGCGUCGUCCUCAGCCAGCUGGCCGAGAAGUGGUUCCCGAGCGAGUGCGAGAGAGCGAGAACCGGGACCCGGCUGGAGGAGCUGCUGGCCCAGGGUCGCUUCCGAGAGGCGCUAGGCGCCGCCAGCCAGGCUCUGCGAGCAGAUUCCAGUGACUUGAUGCUAAGAAUUUACAGAGCUGAGUCAUAUGUUGGCCUGCAAGAAUAUAAAACAGCCAUAGAAGAUCUAAAUUUUGUUAUUUCUAAAAUGCCAAACUGGCCAGAGGUCUACUUCCGGAAAGGAAAAGUGCUGCAAGACUCUGGCUUUGUAGGUGAUGCCUUACAAUUGUUUCUCCAGUGCUUAGCCUUUGAUGAGGACUUUCUUCCAGCCAGACAAGAAGUAGAAAGGACACUGUGUGAUGUGCUGUCUCCAGAGAAGUUAGGAGAGAGUCUGAAGGAAUCUGUUUGGAAUUCACCACAUAUUCGAAAUAAACCCUCUGUGCUUGGGUCUGAGGUGAUUGACUCUUACUGCAACUCACAGCUUUGUCCUGAGCAGACUUUAGGAGGGGCAGAUGAACUGGAGCCUAUAAGUGGAAACUUAAGUCGUGCACAGUCUGCCCAUGCUCUUAACUCAACAAAAGAUCUUGCCAAGGACGAUGGCUUAAAGAGAGUGUCUUCUGAGCCCCUUCUCUCUGGCCAAGAAAAAGGUGCUUUGUUGAAAAGAAAGCUUUCCUUUUCAGAGCACGAUACAGUUCUGUGUGAAGAUGGAAGAAACAAACACAAAAAGCAAGGAGAAAGUACCAAAAGGGACAGGACACUGGAUUUUGGAACAAUUCCAGGGGAUUUGAUUGAUGUAUCAGAUUUUGAGUGUUCUCUAUGUAUGAGGCUGUUCUUUGAGCCGGUGACAACCCCCUGUGGACACACCUUUUGCAAAGGUUGCUUGGAACGGUGUUUAGACCACGCUCCUCAUUGUCCUCUCUGUAAGGAGAGCUUGAAAGAGUACCUUGCAAGCAGAAAAUACAGCAUCACAGAACUGCUGGAGGAAUUAAUCAUGAAAUAUUUGUCUGAUGAAUUAUAUGAGAGGAAAAGAAUUCAUGCUGAAGAAACUGCUGAACACUCAAACUUGACCAAGAAUGUCCCAAUGUUUGUUUGCACUAUGGCAUAUCCUACUGUGCCUUGCCCUCUGCACGUCUUUGAGCCAAGAUACCGACUGAUGAUCCGCAGGAGCAUGGAGACUGGCACCAAGCAGUUUGGGAUGUGCAUCAGUGAUCCCCAGAAUGGUUUUGCAGGUUAUGGAUGCAUGCUACAAAUCAGGAAUGUUCAUUUUCUCCCUGAUGGACGGUCUGUGGUUGAUACAGUUGGUGGGAAGAGAUUUAGAGUUCUACAGAGAGGGAUGAAAGAUGGGUACUGCACUGCAGACAUCGAGUAUUUGGAAGAUGUGAAGGUUGCUGAUGAAGAAGAACUAAAGAAGCUGAGAGAACUUCAUAAUUUGGUUUACAAUCAGGCCUGCAGUUGGUUCCAAAACUUAAGAAACAAAUUUCGCACUCAGAUUCUUCAACACUUUGGGCCAAUGCCUGGCAGGGAGGAAAAUAUACAGGCAAUGCCCAAUGGUCCUGCUUGGUGCUGGUGGCUCCUAGCUGUCCUGCCAGUGGACCCCAGGUACCAGCUGUCCGUUCUCUCCAUGAUGUCUCUGAAGGAGCGUCUGAUAAAGAUCCAGCACAUCCUCACCUACUUCUCCAGAGACCAGUCCAAGUGACUAACCGCCUGCGUCUUCCGCCACCGAUACUCACUGCUGGUUGGAGUAGCAGCUGGAGUGUUUGCUGCCUUUGCACAUCUGGCGCUGGUUUGAGCAGUGUGAUGGAGCUGCGUCAUGUGCUGACGGAGCUGCGUCGUGUGCUGACGGAGCUGUGUUGUCUCUUCUCCCCCACUCCUGGCUCCCUGCCCUGGGGGGCUCUUUGAAUGCACACUUUGCUCACCAACAGAGGAGGCCCCUGGUGACUGCCCAAGCCAGCUCCAUCUCUGUGUCGCAUUACCUACAUGACAAUUUGCACUAUGUAGAAGAGAACUUUCUGGAGACUUGAGCAUUUUAGCCACUGACUUUCUAAAGCUGUGGGAAGUGCAGGACUUAAGGCUGACAGUCCAAGUUUACAACGCUGUGGAGGUAUUCAAGGUGUUGCGGAUGUUUUUGCCUCAUACAACUGUUCUUUUGCUGUUUGCACAAAUAUUUGAGACCUAGUAUUGAAUGUCACUGCUGGAUACUCCACUACUCCUGGUGAAUUAUCCUGACCAUGAACAUGGCACAGGUGGUUAAGUUAUCUUCCAGAUGUCUGCAUGACAGAACAGGUGACAUGAUGAACUGUUUUGCUGACCAGAGAGCCAAUUCUAAGGAAAAAAUGCAAAAAAAACAAAAGGUACUUCUGUCUAAAAAUAUUUAAACUGUGAAUAUGGUUUACAUGCCUAGGCCUGUACAUGUCAAAGAGGAAGUUGAGGACUAAAUGCUAGUACCAGAUAGAUUUCUCCUGGGCUUUCCAGGCUGGCUGUUCUUCCAGAGCACACACUUAGCUUAUAGAGGUUAGGAGAACUCGAUGAGGGUGGGGGUGUGUGUGUUGGGGAUUGUGCAUCCAGGAUUUAAAAGCUUCAAGUUUCAUUUGAACUUCUUCAGUUGGUGCAAAUGUGAGUUCUAUUGCCUUACUCAUACCAGUAGAGCACACUGCAGCGGCAAGGUUAGCAUCAUGCUGCCAAUAGGUACUUUUUGUAAUAAGAGGUUUGCAUAUUUGUGAAUAUGUCUGAUACUGGCUUUCUGUAAAUCAUUUGUAAAGUAUUUCUUAAA